AUGGCUCAGAUUUUCUCAAGCUUUGACAUAGAAACACCCGAUGUCGCUCUUUAUAACGGGAUAGCUCCCGACGGGACACUGCAAUGUUACACUACCACGCGAGGUGGUAGUAACGAGUUCCUCGUCAAUGGCAUCCGACACCACAAAAGUUUUGCCAAGUCGCCAGAAGUUAAUGAGAUCUGCAAAGUUCAUGAUAGGUACCCAAGGGCCCGCAACGCACGUCUCACUAUGAGCAACAUUAUUCCAGACAUGGCUUCCCAGGCAGUGAUACCUUACUGUAGUUGGUAUUCCGAUGUUGCCACGGAGGACACCUAUCGAGAGCUUUUCUACCGCCACCCAGAAAUGCGCUAUCACAUUGGGCGAGCUUAUCUGCAGAAUCCACGACCAGGAGCUUAUCUCAAUGGAGACACCGCUAUAAGAUCUUCUCUACAACGCCAUCGGUCAUCGAUAAAAGACGGAGACAGCAAGAUUAAUCGCUACGCUCGGCUUAGACGGCCAAUUACGGUCCCCAAUAAGAUCACGGCCAUUGUUCCUGAUGCCUACUAUCACACACCAUUUGCGCGAUGGCUCGAAACAUGCGUUGACGAGCUUUUCCCCCGUGAAUAUCAAAACAAACUUGUUAGGCAGGCAUAUCAAGCGCGAUUCAUCAUGAACGACUACCUAUCCCGCAUCAAUAGCGAAGUCGACGGCGAAACGCUUCCGGAGUUCUUUUGGUGGCCUCACUGCCCAGAUGAGAACACCUUGCUCGCGACCUGGCAUGGCAAUAUUUUUCUCGAGCUCUCUGGUGGGACGAAUCCAACACAAGAACAGUGGGAAGCCGGACUUCAAUCUCGUCGGAAGUUCUAUCUGGAGAAUAUCGAACGGCGUGCGAAGGAGGAGGAUCUUGAACUCAGUGAUAGAUACGACUUGAUCAAAGAGAUCUUCAAUGAGCCCGACGGUCACAGCGAAGACUGGGAUGAUCGGUACGAACCCGAGGAUAAUCUGUUCAACUAUCAUAUGCAUCUUCAGACGGUCAAAUGGCAGCAAUUUAUCUCUGCCACUGAUAAAGCGAGACAAGCAGUACCCAGCACCAGCAAAGCGUAUAGUGGUCUGUCUUCAACGAUGGAGGAUGAGGAACGACGAUGA